UUGCCGACUCACUCUGAAUCUACCAGAAUCUCUCCAUCAAGAAUAUCCAGAAAUCAGAAAAAUGAACCUCGUAACGUUUGGGCUUAUCUUGAUCUGUUGCCAUGUCUGGGCGAUUGAGAUAGACGAUAAUUUUUCAGCUAUAUGGCUUAAUACACGUAAAACAAAUUUUGAAAAUUUCUUCGAAAAGUUAAAGUCUUCACUGCAAAAUGGAACCAGUGGGCUCGAAAUAUGUGGAAUUCCGGUUUCGGAUCCGUUUAUUGUGAACAGACUGCCCCUCAAAUAUAAUUUAUCUACUCCUGUGGGUGAUAUAAACAUCGAGGGAUUUCUUCAAAACCUUAAUAUGAGUGGUUUGGCCUCGUAUAUUGUCAACAGCGCUAAAAUCAAACUAAUUGGUAUGAAAGCCAACAUAGAUAUAAACUGGCCGUCGAUAACCGUGAGUAAUAAUUACUCCUUGAAAGGCAACGCCCUUAACUACGAUGUUUAUGGAAAUGGAGAUAUAGAUGGAAUCGUGCAUAACUUCAAAACUAUUAUUGAUAUUGGUUUCAAAAUGAUUGGUCGGUACAUUCAAGUUCAAACUAUAGCAACAAAGAUUUUCUUGGAAGGAUUAGACUUUAAUGUAACGGGCAUCUACAACAAUGAGGUCAUAUCCGAGACAAUCAGCAAGACAAUCUCCAAUGUAAUGCCUAAGCUCAUCGCCGCAAAUCAAAAGACGAUUGAAUAUGUUAUUAAUAAUAGUGCUACACAAAUUCUCAACGAAUAUCUGUCAACUAUAACGUUAAUGGAUAUAUGGAAAGAACUAAAUGUCUAAUAUCUUUUCGCCACGUUUGCACGGCGCCACGUUCAAUCAAUCAUUUCUACAACCACGAUCGAUGUUGAACGAUACAAAUAAUAACAGUAAUAAUGCACUUGAAGAGCAUUUGUUGGUAAUAUCUCUCGUUACAGACAAAAAAUCUUUAACAAAGCAUAUUUUGUGUUAAAUUUAUUUCUGUAAUGUACUAUUUUGUAAU